AUGGGUAAAAAGAAUAAAAAAUCCAAUAAAUCAUCAAAUAAUGCAAAUAAUGCAAAUAAUGCCAUAAAUAAUAAUGACAAUAAUAAUCCCUCCCCAUCAAAUACGACGCCGACAACGGUAACAACUACAACGCAUCAGCAAUCAGCAUCACAGAAACAAACAUCACCUACUACUUCAACCACUCCCUCAACAACUGAUCAUCAACAUCAUUCCCAUGCCCAUACACAUUAUUCACAUCAACAUACAAAGAGUAGCGAUCAAGAGUCACAACAAAAUAAUGAGGUUGACGAACAACCUGAAGAACAGAAAGGAUUUAAAGGUCAAGCGAAAAAAGAUAUGAAAAAUGUUGAAGGAUAUGUAGCUGAUAGGGAAGGUGAAGUAAUUGAUGAAACAAAAUUAAAUAAGGCUUUAACCUUUGUGAAUGAAGAGAAUCAAAGACAGAAGGCACAAAGGCUUAAAAAACAAAAAGAAGCAGAAAAAAUUGCGUUACUUGCUUUUUUAUUAAUAUAUGAAGACGUUGGAGAAUCAGGGAUUGUCUUUUCCGAAUGGGAAACUACCGGCAAUGCUGGACAGUGGAAUUUUGGACAUUUGGACAUUUUGGCUACUUUGCUAUCUUUUUACUACGAAUCUUCUUUAUAA